AUGCCGAAAUAUACAGAAUAUUAUGAUGGAGAAGUGUUCAGUACGUGUACCGUUAGCUCAAAAUAUAAUAGUUUUACGGGAAUGCGAUACGCUGCAUAUUGGAAAUUGCUUCUGCGAGAUAUAUUUAUGCCUCGAGGCUAUCCACAGAGUGUUUCUCCAGAUUAUAUGAACUAUCAAAUGUGGGAUACUAUUCAAGCUUUUGCUAGUUCUAUGAGUUCAGCGUUGUCUACCGAAGCAAUAUUGCGGGGUGUAGGCGUAGGAAAUAAGGCUGCAUCAACAAUGGCAGCAGCAGUUGCAUGGUUACUAAAAGAUGGUAUUGGAAUGCUUGCACGGAUUUUGUUUGCAUGGCUUUAUAGUCCAUAUUUAGAUGCCGAUUGUAAGCAGUGGCGAUUAAUUGCUGAUUGUUUUAACGAUUUAGCAUUCUGUUUAGACUUAAUUACGCCAAUUUUUCCCAGUCUUUUUAUGCCUAUUAUAUGCUUAUCAUCAAUGAUACGUGCUGUUGUUGGUGUAGCGGGUAGUGCCACACGCACUACAGUUACCAAUCAUCAAGCUAUAUUGGAUAAUGUGGGAGACGUUGCGGCGAAAGAUGGUUCGCAGGAGACACUAAUCAAUGUUUUCGCUCUUCUUUGUAGCCUGCUAUUGCUUCCUGUUGUUAGCAGAAAUAUCGUUUCUGUUUGGUUGUUAUUCUCUCUUUUUACCUUUAUUCAUUUGUAUGGCAAUUAUCGUGCAGUUAAAUCACUGCAAUUCAGGACGCUGAAUCAGUCGCUGCUUCGAAUUGUUGUAAAAGAUUAUAUCGAGACAAGAAAGAUUAGUACUGUUAGCGAAAUGAAUAGUAAGGAACCGAUACUAUUACAUUGGAGUUCAUCACGGCACUACUAUGGAUGUCGUUUAUCUGAUGUGUCAGCUUCGUCUAAUAAACUUUCAUUUGUGUGUUCGAAAUUUACUGUUAUCUGUGAUUUGAGGAGUAACUACGGUUAUGUAUCAAUGGCUAGUAUAUCCAAUAUAUCUGAUCAACUUCGAGCUGCACUCUGCUUGGAAUUAAUGUUAAAUAUGAGAGCACCUCCAUCACCACUAGAAUUGGACGAAUUUGUUGAGAAUUUGAAGUCAGGAGGUUGGCUAAUCAAUAAGCAUCGGCUUGUAUUCGAUCGGUGGACCUAUUCUGAAAAAUAA